ACCUGCCCUCUCGACAAAAUUUCUUCUGUACUUUUCACAUUUCUGUGAAAUCUCUCGGUAGGUUUGUGAAAACCUCGCCGCCGGAAAAAAAAAUCAAUGGAAGGAGGAGGAAGACCAAAUCAAACGAUCCUCAGUGAAAUAGAACAUAUGCCUGAAGCUCCACGUCAACGUAUCUCUCAUCACCGUCGAGCUCGCUCCGAAACCUUCUUCUCCGGCGAAUCAAUCGACGAUCUCCUCCUAUUCGAUCCUUCCGAUAUCGAUUUCUCUUCCCUAGACUUCCUCAACGCUCCACCACCACAACAACAACAACCACAAGCUUCUCCGAUGUCCGUUGAUUCACCUUCUGAAGAAACUUCAUCCAACGGUGUUGUUCCUCCUAACCCUCUUCCUCCGAAACCCGAAGCUCGAUUCGGUCGCCAUGUUCGUAGCUUCUCCGUUGAUUCCGAUUUCUUUGAUGAUUUAGGAGUUACUGAGGAACAAUAUGUUGGGAAAUCUUUAGCUACGAGUUCAGGAGAGAAGAAGAAAGGGAAUCAUCAUCAUAACAGGAGUAAUUCUAUGGAUGGAGAGAUGAGUUCGGCGUCGUUUAAUAUCGAAUCGAUUUUAGCUUCUGUGAGUGGUAAAGAUAGUGGGAAGAAAAAUAUGGGUAUGGGUGGUGAUAGACUUGCUGAGCUUGCUUUGCUUGAUCCUAAAAGAGCUAAAAGGAUUUUAGCGAAUAGACAAUCUGCGGCGAGGUCGAAAGAGAGGAAGAUUAGGUAUACUGGUGAGUUGGAGAGGAAGGUUCAGACACUUCAGAAUGAAGCAACUACAUUGUCUGCUCAAGUCACUAUGUUGCAGAGAGGAACAUCAGAGCUGAACACUGAAAAUAAACACCUCAAAAUGCGGCUUCAAGCUUUAGAGCAACAAGCUGAACUUAGGGAUGCUUUGAAUGAAGCGCUGCGGGAUGAACUGAACCGACUUAAGAUGGCCGCUGGAGAAAUUCCUCAGGGGAAUGGAAAUUCAUACAACCGUGCUCAAUUCUCAUCUCAGCAAUCGGCAAUGAAUCAGUUUGGGAACAACAAGAACCAGCAGAUGAGCACAAACGGGCAGCCAUCACUCCCAAGCUACAUGGAUUUCACCAAGAGAGGCUGAGUUCGUGUCACCUCUAAAUGUUGGAUGAGUUAUAAAUACGUUAUAUUCAU